CUGAAUUUCCCGGAACACCGGCAUUUCAAACCAGUAAAAGAGUCCCCUGCUCAUUCAUAAGCAACCCACUUUAGAACUGUACAGCAGUUUCAUAUACAGAUGGAACCACUAACAAAUAAAGGAAUACCUUUAGGAUUGAUCAAUCCAUGGUUCCUGCACUCAAAUGCUACUAGCCACACCUCUGUAUUCAGUGCUAUAGCAGAACUGAUUGACAAUGCCUAUGACCCAGAUGUCAGUGCAAAACAAUUGUGGAUUGAUAAAACAGCUGUCAAAGGCCAGGACUGCCUUAUCUUCAUGGAUAAUGGAAACGGCUUGAACUAUGAAAAGAUGCACAAAAUGUUGAGUUUUGGCUUCUCUAUUAAGCAGGCAGAAAGCCAGACAGAAAGCCAUGAGCCAGUGGGCCAGUAUGGUAAUGGUUUUAAGUCAGGUUCUAUGCGCUUGGGGAAAGAUGUCAUUGUGUUCUCAAAGAAAGAUGGCAUCAUGUGUGUAGGUCUCCUGUCGCAGACUUACCUUGAGAUGAAAGAGUAUGUCGUACUGCCCAUUGUCGAGUUCACCCACACCGGACAGAACAUCCAGCCUGAGCCAAAGCAUGCAGAUAGUCUCAAUUGUAUCCUGACACAUUCUCCGUUUAACACUGAGGAACAGCUGCUGUCUGAGUUCAGUGUUAUUGACAGGUUUUGCACCAACUCAAGUGGAACCCGCAUCAUCAUCUGGAACCUACGCAGAACAUCUUCACGAGAAUUAGAAUUUGAUGUUAUGAAGGACUGCUAUGACAUCCGGAUCCCUGAUGACGAUGUGUACAAUAGUACCAGGGAGAAACUCAAACGACAUGCGAAGGGCAGCAUCUCAGUGCCUGAAAGUGAAUAUUCACUGCGGGCAUACUGCAGUAUCCUGUACCUAAAGCCAAGAAUGGAGAUUAUACUUCAGGGGCAGAAGGUCAAAACUCAGUCUGUCACAAAAACUCUAACAAAUCUAUACACUGACACAUACAAACCUGUGUGUGAUCCUCCUCUUGAAAGAGGAAUAAAAAUCACAUUCGGCUUCAACACAAAGACCAAAGAGCACUAUGGUUUGAUGAUGUACCACAAAAACCGUCUCAUCAAAGCUUAUCAACAUGUCGCCUGUCAGCGCAGGGCCGACAUCAAAGGAGAGGGAGUUAUUGGGGUAAUAGAGUGUAACCACCUCACACCAACUCACAACAAGCAGGACUUUGUUUAUUCUGAAGAGUACAGAAAAACCAUAAUGAAUGUCGGUAAAAAGCUUGAGCAAUAUUGGAAGAAUUAUCAUUAUGCAUAUGAGACAAACUUCACUAAACCUGUGACUGUGAAGCAACCAGAUCAAAACCGUGUUCAGUGUAAUGACUGCCGGAAGUGGCGAAAACUUCCAGAUGGCAUUGAUCCUAAAAAGCUCCCUAAAGACUGGUUCUGUCAUAUGAACCCUGACCCUCAAUUCAGGACUUGUGAAGCUGAAGAAGAGCCUGGGGAUCCUGCUGAUGAACUACCUAUAUACACAGAAAUCCCAAAACAGCAUAAGAAACACCAGCAGGGGAACACUAGACACGAGAGCAUGUUUACAUCCAGUUCAUCCAUUCAAACUAUACCUCACCAUUCUGGUGCUACUUCAGCUGACACUCUUCACUCACUCCUGUUAGCUGUUCCUAAAAGGAAGAAGAAAGCCUUGGACUCCAGUUAUGAGAAGCCGGAGGAGAAGAAGAAAGCUAGACUAAAAUAUUUUGAUGAUAAUGAUGCUAGUAAAACAGAAUGUAAAGACAUUAAAACUGCAGUGAAGAAUGAGGCUGAUAAGGUGAUCGACAAGAUCAUGAAGGAGGAGGGCAAUCAAAUGCCCCAUUUCGGCUUUGACGACAAGAAGAAGUACAAACUGCUGUAUGUGCAGGUCCUAGAGGCAGUAAGGUCCCUCCAAGAUAAGCUUAUAGAGCUCAAAAAAGAGUUAAAGAAAGAGGGAGUGGAAACAAAGAUGGACAGUCUACAAUAUGAGUGCAUGCUGUUAAACUGGUUGGAGAGCCUGCAGAAAGAUUUAGAAGAAAUAAAAAUAAAAAGUGAAAAUGUAGAGCUCAGUCUAAAUGAUUGUGCAGCACCUUCAACAGAAGCCUCCAAACCAGGGAGUGAAAAUGAACCUACACAUAAAAACUUGCCAUCACACCUCAAAUUUAUAGAAGUAAAGAAAAGAGUGGCACAUCGCUUGGCCAACCUUGUCCCAGCUCUAAAAUGUGCGAGAGUCACAGAUGAGAUUCUAUCUGAUAUUAUGAAUGUGAUGAUGAUCCCUGAAGAGCAAGUGAUGUUGGAAAAAGAAGCAAAGUUUCAAGAGGCACAUUUAUUACCGGAAGAAGACAAAUGCUCAACAUCUACUACGCCCUCUCACAUCAGACAUCACUCAGCAGUCACAGAUGUAUUACCUCCUGAACCAGAUCAACGCAGGGAUGACAGUGAUGCAUACAGAUUUCUGUGCUCUCAUGCUGGCCAGUUUCACUGUAAACUGACCAACCUUGUCUUUGAGAUGAAAGGGAGUGGGGAAGUCUCAUACACAGUAGUGCCUUGGGAUAACAGUCAGUUGCAGGGCAUGGGCCAGUUCCAACCUGCAGGACCCUUGUACAACAUCAAGUGCUCUGAAGAUUCAAUUGUUUACCUGCACCUCCCACACUGUGAGAUACAUACUGAUAACAACCGGAUUGAACUGGCUGUGGCACAUUUUAGUCAGGAAAAUGUGGAGAUCCUUCAGCCCCUGAAAAUAACAAACACACAUGUGAUCUUACAAGUCCGGGGUCUCUCCCUAUUUGGCUUGUUUAAAAAAAUUUUUUGGGGAGAACUCAACAAUGCCCAAGUCCUUCUCUUCUACAAAGAAAAUAUUGGAACACAAAGGAGGAGAAAACUGCACAUUCAUUUGCUGCCAGGAAAUGUUCCAGUUAAAGAGGUACAGAAACAAAAUCCAGGCAGCACAUAUCUUCAGUGCAGCUCCAUAUGUCAACUGAUUUCUGGUAAAAAAUACAAACCACUCUGUGAGCCUCAUGUAUCCCAGCCAAAGAUUGAGACAUUUGUUCCUAAUUUUGGCCCUAACUAUCACCCGACAUUUGAGAUGAUCCUUAAUUCGGAGGUUGAAGACCUCACAUUGGGUCUUUUGGAUGAAACUGACCAGGAGGUGUGGGAGCCUCGUCAUGUUAUUCUUACAGCUGAUAAUGGAGAAGCAAUUGUAUCUGAAAUUCUUGAAGGUGCUGAAUUUGUAGAUAAACACAGUGAUAAGCUCAUACAGAGAGUUCCAUCAGUAAUGGAAAUAGCAGACACUCUAAAAACCAAAAAAAUCAUCUCAGACGAAAUGUACAGUGAGAUUGAGGCAGAAAAUACUGACAAGCAAAAAAUGAGAAAAUUGCACAUAUUUCUUCAUUCAGCAGGAAGAACUGCAAAAGCAGAGUUCUAUGCUGUCCUUAAGGAGAAGCAGUCUCGUUUAGUGUAUGACCUGGAGCAUGAAUAGUGCAUUGAUAUCAUACAUGAUUACAUACAGUAUGUCUAGAUAUCUGUAGGACCUAAAUAAAAUAUUAGCAGUAUAUUUCAAUUUCGCC